CUGCCGGGUCUAAUAAACCCAAACAAUAAUAAAAACCAGAAGAAGAAGAAUACUCACCCUUCUGCAAAUCCAUAAUUGGUUUUCUCCGUGAAACCCUAACCCUUUUCUCUCUAUUAAUGGAGAUUUCGAAGUUUUGUUCCAAAACUCGAGCUCAGCAGCGUCUUUGAAGAACACUAAUUAGGAAUCGUUCGGCACUAGGGUUUCACCUUGUUCGUGAAGAUGUCUCUUCCUCUUAUUGAUUGUAAAUAUCUCACAGAAGAGUGUCUUCGGGAGUGGAAGAAUGGGAACAGCAAUUUCAAAGUUCAGACUCCGGUGCCAGUGGCUCGGUUUCUCUAUGAAAUCUGUUGGACUAUGGUGCGAGGAGAAUUACCCUUCCAGAAGUGUAAAGCAGCGUUGGAUUCAGUCGAGUUUGCUGAUGAAGUAUCCAAUGAAGAAUUGGGUUCAAAUUUUGUUGAUAUCGUCUCCCAAAUGGCUCAAGAUAUUACAAUGUCUGGAGAACAACGUGGUCGCCUCAUUAAAAUGGCGAAGUGGCUGGUGGAGUCUGCUUUAGUUCCAUUGAGGCUUUUCCAGGAGCGUUGUGAGGAAGAAUUCCUGUGGGAGGCUGAAAUGAUCAAGAUAAAGGCUCAGGAUUUGAAGGCGAAAGAGGUCAGAGUAAACACCCGCCUUCUUUAUCAGCAGACAAAAUUUAACCUUCUCCGGGAAGAGAGUGAGGGUUAUGCCAAACUGGUUACACUUCUCUGUCAAAGCGGUUCUGAAUCUUCAACUCAAAAUGUGUCGACUGCAACUAUCAGCAUAAUUAAGUCAUUAAUUGGGCACUUUGAUCUGGAUCCAAAUCGUGUCUUUGAUAUUGUUAUGGAGUGUUUUGAACUUCAGCCCAAUAACAAUGUCUUCCUUGACCUGAUACCUAUAUUUCCCAAGUCCCAUGCUUCUCAAGUGCUGGGGUUUAAAUUUCAAUAUUAUCAGAGGAUGGAUGUGAAUAGUCCUGUGCCUUUUGGGCUUUAUCGGCUUGCAGCAAUGUUGGUGAAAGAGGAGUUCAUUGAUCUUGAUAGCAUAUAUGCACACCUGCUUCCAAAGGAUGAGGAGGCAUUUGAGAAUUAUGAUGCAUUUUCAGUGAAGCGGUUUGAUGAGGCUAACAAAAUUGGAAAAAUAAAUCUUGCCGCUACUGGGAAGGAUUUGAUGGAUGAUGAGAAACAAGGGGAUGUUACAAUCGAUCUUUUUGCUGCCUUGGACAUGGAAAGUGAAGCUGUCAAAGAACGCUCCCCUGAGAUGGAAAACAAUCAAAGUUUGGGAUUGCUUAGUGGAUUACUUUCAGUGGAUGACUGGUAUCAUGCUCAAAUGUUGUUUGAUCGUCUCUCUCCACUUAAUCCUGUGGCUCAUAUACAGAUUUGUGAGGGCAUAUUUAGGGUGAUUGAGAAGGCGAUCUCUUCAGCAUACAGCAUUAUCCGUCAGACACACCUUCAGAGUUUUGGGUUUUCAUCCGGAUCUGCUCCUGAUAACAUGGAGACAGAUGCACCGGUCCAGAAAUCUUUUAUCGAUCUUCCUGCUGAACUUUUCCAAAUGCUUGCUUCCGCUGGUCCUUAUCUCCACCGUGACGCUAUACUGCUGCAGAAGGUCUGUAGAGUAUUAAGAGGCUACUAUCUAUCAGCAGUGGAGCUUGUUGCUGGUGGAGGAGCUACUCUCUGUGGUGACAGGGGGAGUCGAGAUCCUCGCUUGCACUUAAAGGAAGCUCGGAUGAGGGUUGAGGAAGCCCUGGGGACGUGUUUACUUCCUUCAUUGCAGUUGAUACCUGCAAAUCCUGCAGUUGGACAAGAGAUAUGGGAAGUAAUGAGUCUCCUCCCUUACGAGGUACGAUAUCGUUUGUAUGGUGAAUGGGAGAAAGAAGAUGAGCGGAUUCCUAUGGUUUUAGUUGCCAGGCAGACAGCGAAGUUGGAUACAAGAAGAAUCUUGAAACGGCUUGCAAAGGAAAACUUGAAACAGCUGGGUCGAAUGGUGGCGAAACUAGCCCAUGCCAAUCCUAUGACUGUACUUAGAACAAUUGUUCACCAGAUUGAAGCUUACAGGGAUAUGAUCACUCCAGUUGUGGAUGCAUUUAAAUAUUUAACGCAGCUUGAGUACGAUGUUUUGGAAUAUGUUGUGAUCGAGCGCUUGGCGCAAGUGGGACGUGAGAAACUAAAAGAUGAUGGCCUUAAUGUAUCAGAUUGGCUUCAAUCUUUGGCUUCCUUUUGGGGCCACCUGUGUAAGAAGUAUCCCUCAAUGGAACUGAGGGGACUGUUCCAGUAUCUUGUGAAUCAAUUGAAAAAGGGGCAGGGGAUUGAGCUUGUCCUCUUGCAGGAGCUUAUACAACAAAUGGCAAAUGUCCAGUACACCGAAAACAUGACAGAGGAGCAGCUGGAUGCAAUGGCAGGGAGUGAGACGCUACGUUAUCAAGCUACCUCUUUUGGGAUAACGAGGAAUAACAAGGCACUGAUUAAAUCGACUAAUAGGCUGAGAGACGCAUUGCUCCCAAAGGAAGAACCUAAGUUGGCCAUUCCUCUGCUGUUGCUCAUAGCUCAACAUCCCUCUGUGGUCAUCAUAAAUGCGGACGCACCAUACAUUAAGAUGGUCAGUGAACAGUUUGAUAGAUGCCAUGGGACACUUCUUCAAUAUGUGGAAUUCCUUUAUAGUGCAAUAACACCAGCUAUAAACUAUGCUCAGCUGAUCCCAUCUCUUGAUGAUCUUGUCCAUAAAUACCAUCUUGAGCCGGAGGUCGCCUUUCUAAUAUACCGGCCUGUGAUGAGGCUUUUCAAGUGUUCAAGUGGUUCUGAUGUCUGCUGGCCUUCUGAUGAUAUUGAAGAGUCAAACACAUCAAUUGCAGACCAGGAGUCUGAAUCCUCAAUCUCAUCUGCUAAUUUGGUCCUGGAUCUUGGUUCUCAGAAGCUUACCAUGUGGUCUGAUCUUCUUGUAACAGUUAGAACAAUUUUACCUUCAAAAGCUUGGAACAGCCUCUCCCCUGAUCUCUAUGCUACAUUUUGGGGGCUCACACUCUAUGACCUCCAUGUUCCUCGGAACCGUUAUGAAUCUGAGAUAGCUAAGCAGCAAGCUUCUCUGAAAGCCCUAGAAGAGCUUUCUGAUAAUUCAAAUUCAGCUAUCAUUAAACGGAAGAAAGACAAAGAAAGAAUCCAGGAAUCUCUAGAUCGCUUGACUGCUGAACUGCAAAAGCAUGAGGAAAAUGUUGCAUCUGUUCGUCAGAGGCUUGCACGUGAAAAGGAUAAAUGGCUGAGUUCGUGCCCAGAUACUUUGAAAAUUAACAUGGAGUUUCUUCAGCGCUGUAUUUUCCCACGCUGUAUUUUCAGCAUGCCAGAUGCGGUUUACUGUGCUGAAUUUGUACAUACCUUACAUUCUCUUGGAACUCCAUUUUUUAACACAGUUAAUCAUAUUGAUGUUCUCAUAUGUAAGACCUUACAACCUAUGAUCUGCUGUUGCACCGAAUAUGAAGCUGGUAGACUAGGGAGGUUUUUGUAUGAGACACUAAAAAUGGCAUACCAUUGGAAGAGUGAUGAAUCGAUAUAUGAACGUGAGUGUGGAAAUAUGCCAGGCUUUGCUGUCUAUUAUAGAUACCCGAACAGUCAGCGAGUAACAUAUAGCCAGUUUAUUAAGGUACACUGGAAAUGGAGCGGACGAAUUACGCGCUUGCUCAUUCAGUGCUUGGAAUCCACUGAAUACAUGGAGAUCCGUAAUGCUCUUAUAAUGUUGACAAAAAUUUCGGGUGUUUUUCCAGUUACUAGAAAGAGCGGAAUUAAUCUUGAGAAGCGGGUGGUUAAAAUUAAAGGGGACGAGAGAGAGGAUCUCAAGGUAUUGGCUGCAGGUGUCGCUGCAGCUUUGGCUGCCCGGAAGAGUUCAUGGGUUUCUGAGGAGGAAUUUAGCAUGGGGCAUGUUGAUUUGAAACCAGCACCAUUACCUGCUACAAAAUCUGCAGCUGGUAACUUAGUAACUGGUUCCAAUGGUUCUGCUCUUAAUCUUUCUCAAGCUGAGACAGUUGGGCCGAGGAAUACCGCUGCAACCCAGCUUCCAGACACAGGAAAUAUUAUCAAGGAGCAGAUGCUGCGGACAAAACCGGUAGACGGGAGGCUUGAGCGGGCAGAAAGCAUUACAUUUGUGAAACAUGAUUCAGGACAAGUUAAAUCGAAAGGUGCAUUAGUAAAUGGGUUAGAUACUCAAUCAAUUAUGCCUUCAGGUUCUGGACAAGCUGGAUCAUCCAAAGCAAAUGAAACUCAAAACCAUACAGAUGAGCCUGCGAAAGGUACAUCAGAUGAAAACAUGGUGAAAGGUGGUCUGAAAACUGCUGAAUCUGAGUUGAGACCGACACUAAAACGGGCAGCUGCUGGAUCUCUUUCGAAGCAACCAAAACAGGAGCUUGCAAAAGAUGAAAAUAAAUCUGGAAAAGCUGUCGGCAGAAUUGCUGGUUCUUCUUCCACUAGUGAGAGAGAUUUCUCUGUGCAUCCAUCUGAAGUUAGGCAAAUUGGUGUGGCCAUUGCUUCUUCUGCAGCUGCAACCAAUGGUACCACUGUUCCACUUUCCGCUAAAGGUUCAACUGCAUCUGGGAAAAUGUCCAUGGAUAUGCAUGGUAAUAUGCCAAAGAUAGAGAGUGGUUCUGUUAAAUCUUCUGACUUGAGGGGGCCUUCUGGAAAAGAUGCAGACGAAAAUGAAGUUUCAGAAGUAACAAGGCCUUUCUCGACUCGACCUGUUCACUCUCCCCUCCGUGAUGAUCCUUCCAUUGCAUCAAAGUCUGCAGAGAAGCAACAAAAAAGACCUAGUCCAGCUGAAGAACAGGAGAGAACAAACAAGCGGAGGAAAGGUGAUGGAGAAGGGAAAGACUUAGAGGUUGAUGUUCGAUUCUCUGACAAAGAGAGGUCUGGAGAUGUACGGUUAGCUGACAAGUCUCAUCUUGCAGAUGUUGACAAGACUGGAACUGAUGAACAAAUUCUUGGUAGGGCUACAGAUAAACUUUUGGAUAGACCCAAAGAUAAGGGAAGUGACAGGCACGAUAGAGACCACAGAGAAAGAUUGGAACGCCCUGAUAAGUUGCGUGGAGAUGAUAUUUUAGCCGAAAAGUCAAGGGAUAGGUCAAUGGAAAGAUAUGGGAGAGAGCGUUCAGUUGAAAGAGCACAGGACAGAGGGGCUGAAAGAAAUUCUGAUAGGAUACCUGACAAAGGUAAGGAUGACAGAACUAAAGAUGACCGUAGUAAAUCUCGGUACAGCGAGACAUCUUCUGAAAAGUCACAUGCUGAUGAUCGUUUUCAUGGACAAAGCUUGCCCCCACCACCACCACUACCUCCUAAUGUAGUUCCCCAAUCUGUUAAUGCUAAUCGAAGAGAUGAAGAUGCUGACAGAAGGGUCAGUAAUACCAGACACAUUCAGAGGCUCUCUCCUAGACAUGAAGAAAAAGAACGGAGACGCUCAGAGGAAAAUUUGUUGGUUUCGCAGGAUGAUGCGAAGCAUAGAAGAGAAGUUGAAUUUCGAGAGAGAAAACGGGAUGAACGGGAUGGUCCAUCAGUGAAGGUGGAGGAGAGGGAGAAGGACAAAGUAAACCUCAUGAAGGACGACGUGGAUGCAAAUGCAGCAUCCAAAAGACGGAAACUUAAAAGGGAUCACCUAUCAUCUGGGGAAGCUGGUGAUUAUCCUUUGGCCGUUCCACCACCACCUCUUGCUCUUGGUAUGUCACAGUCAUAUGAUGGAAGAGAACGAGGAGACAAGAAAGGGGCCAUGGCCCCAAGGUCAGGCUACUUGGGGGAACCAAUGCCAAGGGUUCAUGGAAAAGAAGCUACCAGCAAGAUUACCCGUCGGGAUGAUCAGAUUUAUGAAAGAGAGUGGGAGGAUGAGAAGAGGCAGAGAGCUGAACCAAAACGAAGGCAUCGAAAAUGAACAUGGAAUUGCAGUGCUGGGCUUUCUGUCUGGUUCAUAUAUUUAUGAAUCCCCCAAGGGUGCCACUGGUGCAGUCUUAUCACAAGACCUGAUCCCUUUUACAAUUGCUUAUGGUAUAGUUCAUUUGGCAUUUUUUUUGUCAUAGUUGCUUGAGUAAAUAUUUUUUUUCCUCUUAAUUUCUAUGGUCCCAAAUGUCCAGGAAUGUACUGGCUUAUCCCCAGAUUUUGUAGUUAAUUACCUAAAGUAAGCGGAGCAGCCAUUGACACAAGUUCCUGAUUUGGUGUAUAAUGUAAUGUAUGAUUCAGGGAGGUUGUUUAAUUAUGCAAUCUCUCUCUCUAGUUUUUAAGGUUGCCCACAUUGUAAAGAAAAUUUUCUUUGUGAUGUAUAAAUUGUGACGAGUCUGGCAUCUACUGCCAAAGUUCAUGAUUUUGUAAUUGAACCUGCAGCAAGAUUAAUAAUUUGGGAA